UUCUUGAUAUAUUAGUUUGAAAGGUCAAUAAAAUGAUCCUAUGGAAAAUUACGAUAUAUGGGUUAGAAUCUGAGAUGCUAAGGACACUUUUUAUGGUAUGAUAUGCCUCAUGGCUUUGUGGAAAAUUGUAGUGAUGGUGACCAUGUCCUCUUUCAACACGUGAAUUUAUCAAAAUACAUGAGCUCUUUUCAUAUUGGCAAUUAAUUACCUAACUGCCCCUUACAACCACAUUACAUCACUUAAUUUUGAAAAUUAAGUUAAAUAAACCAGGAAGGUUUCUAUUUUUUAAUUACGAUUUGCAGCUAAGUUUUUGUUUUUAUUAAAAAUUAUGUUACCAUGUAUCUAUGUCAAAUAUUCUUAUAACUAAUUGUGUUUUUUUCCUUCUCAUGCGCGAUGCGAUGGACACAAAUUAAACCAAGAUAGACCCAAAUGCACCCAUGUAUUACAAGGGAUACUAUCAUCUUUUCUAUCAAUAUAACCCGAAAGGCGCUGUAUGGGGCAACAUCGUAUGGGCCCACUCCGUAUCAAAAGACAUGAUCAACUGGAUUCCACUCGAACCAGCAAUCGUACCAUCGAAACCUUUUGACAAAUACGGAUGUUGGUCCGGAUCCGCUACAAUCCUACCCGGAAACAAACCCGUGAUUUUGUACACAGGAAUUAUCGAUAAAAAGCCAGCACCAGGCUAUCAAGUCCAAAACUACGCCAUUCCUGCAAAUUAUUCAGACCCGUUUCUCCGUGACUGGAUCAAACCAGAUGAUAAUCCGAUAGUAAAACCCACUUAUGAAAACGUCUCAUCUUUUCGUGACCCUACAACUGCUUGGUUCAACAAUGGUCAUUGGAAGAUGAUUGUAGGUAGUAAACACAAGCAUCGAGGGAUUGCUUAUUUGUAUAGGAGUCGGGAUUUUGUUAAGUGGACUAAGGCCAAACAUACGCUCCAUGACAAACCGGGUACGGGUAUGUGGGAGUGUCCGGAUUUUUUCCCGGUAUCAGCAUAUGGGCAAUCCGGAUUGGAUACCUCAGUGUUGAAGGGUGGUGUUAAACAUGUGUUUAAGGUUAGCCUUGACAUGACUAGGUUUGAGUAUUACACGAUAGGUACAUAUGACACGAUUAAGGAUAAAUAUUACCCGGAUAACACUUCUGUUGAUGGUUGGGCCGGGUUAAGAUAUGAUUAUGGUAAUUUUUAUGCGUCAAAGACAUUUUUUGACCCGGUUCAAAACCGGAGGAUUUUGUGGGGUUGGGCUAAUGAGUCGAGUACGAGUUACGAAGAUGUUGCAAAGGGGUGGGCCGGAAUUCAGUUGAUUCCACGUAUGGUAUGGCUGGACCCUAGUGGAAAGCAAUUGCUACAAUGGCCAAUUCAUGAAUUGGAAACACUUCGAGGUGACAACGUGCACUUAAGUGAUGUGAAGCUUAACAAGGGCGACGUUGUUGAGGUCAAAGGAAUUACUCCUGCUCAGGCGGAUGUGGAGGUUAUGUUUUCGUUUUCAAGCUUGGAUGAAGCUGAGAAUUUUGAUCCGGAAUGGUCGAAAUUGCCCUCGGAAAAUCUUGCUUUGGAGAUAUGUGGGAUCACGGGUACUAAACAAGGAGGGUUAGGGCCAUUUGGGCUUUUAACGUUGGCUUCAAACAAGCUUGAAGAAUAUACCCCCGUAUUUUUUAGGGUUUUCAAGACUCUUGACAAGACAUAUAAAGUUCUCAUGUGUUCUGAUGCUAAACCUUCCACCUUGAACAAGAACGAGUACAAGCCAUCAUUUGCAGGGUUUGUGGAUGUUGAUUUAAGUGCAAAGACGCUUUCACUUAGAAGCUUGAUCGAUCACUCAGUUGUUGAAAGCUUUGGUGAGGGUGGAAAGACUGUCAUAACAUCGAGGGUUUAUCCGACAAUAGCAGUGGCCGAAGAUGCACAUUUGUUUUUAUUUAACAACGGUACGGAAACCGUCACUGUUGAGAGUGUGGGUGCUUGGUCUAUGAAGAGUCCUGAACUCAUGAAUUAGAUUAGAGUUUAGUUAGGAGAGUAACUAUUUUAUGUUGCAACUGCAUUUAUGGUUUCGCUUGUUAAUUCUUUAGGAACUUAAUUCCAAUUGAUUUGUGUUUAUUUGAUUUUCUUUAUGAUAUGAAUUUUCCUUGA